AUGCCGUCGGUCAAGAACCCCAACUUCAAGUCGAAGAACCGCGUUCGGGCUCACCGUUCCAAAGCCCGCAAGCAGACCCUCCAGGCCGUCGCAACCGCCCGCCUGCCAGACCGCGUCGCCAAGGCUGAUACGAAGCGCGGCGCACGCACCGGGCUCCUGCCCACCAGCGGGCCCAACAGGCCGCUGAGCAGCAAGAAGGCCCGCAAGCUGGAGAAGCAGAUGGCCCACGCCAUUAGGAGGAAGCGCGAGGAGGAGGAGCGGCAGGCCGAGGCCGAGGUGAAGGACGCCGAGGAGAAGAGCUCCAAGAAGCAGCUCAAGACGGAGAGGAACGCCGCCAUGGAGGCCCUCGAGAAGAUGGACAUCUCAUGA